AUGUCGGGCAUUGAAAUCGCUGGCAUCGUCCUUGGCGGCUUCCCGAUUCUUAUCGAGGCUGCCAAGCCGCUCUACGGGUACUUCCAGGGCGCCGAGCGAUGGUGGCACUUUAAGAGGGACUUCAUGACCCUGAUCUCGACGAUAGAGGAUGAAUCAAUCGCAUAUUCUCAAAACUUGGAACUCCUCUUGACACCAAUCGAAAUCGACCCCAAGGCAAAGGCCAGUCUACAGGAGGACUCUGGGUCAAAGCUAUGGCAUGAUCCAGAGAUCCAGGCAAAGCUCAGGGGUCGCAUCAAGAUCCAGUACAUGUCAUGGUUUCUGAGACAGCUACUGGAAAUGAAAGAGACCUUGGGUGAGCUAUUUGGCAUGUUGCCCAUUAAUAAGAAUGGAGAGGUGAACUUUCCGAGGACCACCACGGUUGAUUAUGAACUUUUUAGACUUAAACAAAGCUUCUCUACCCGGAGGAAACAUCUGCUUGACAACAUCGUCCGGAUCAAUGAGAGCCUUUACAAGUUCCUGGCCAAAGACUCCCAUAUAAACGCCGAGGCUGCGAGGUCCGCCACCUCUUGGAACGUAACGCCCCCGAGCAAAGCCGAACGGAGCAGAGCUAUGACACUCCGACGACUCCAAUCCGAAGCCAAGACACUCUCUUCUGCGCUACUCAAUGGGUGGAACUGUCGUUGCACGCAUCAAUGCGGCGUUGGACAUGACUGGAAGUCCUCGGAAGCUGCUUUGAAGGAGCCGAGCCUGAACUUGCUGUUUGAGAGAGGAGCCUUGAUGAAACAGAUAAGAGUUGAAGUCAUGGCAGAAGAAGACCUUGAAUCCAUUGAGGCAGCCUCAAGCAGUAGUAGCAUAACUAUGCUGGAUCAAAUGGCGGAUUUGAGGAUGCAAGCACGUCGGGAGCUCACGCCCACAGCUGUUGAGAAGAGUGCUCGACGACCAGGACUUGCGUCCUCUGUUAUUACUGUGACCUCGACACUAGUUAGACCGGGCGUGUCUGGCGAUCCAAAAUUAUGGCGAAGGCGAGAGCAGGAGAAGUUGACAAAAGCCAACCCUCAAGUGCUACAGCUUUCGGCCCAAAACACGAGUUCAUCCAAAUCGAUAAAAAAAUCGGUUCGCUUCUCCCAUGACCCCCCAAGCACUUCCUCGACUUCUUCGAGUCGUUCGUGGAACUGGAUACGCGAUACGUGCUUGUUUCUCAACAGCAGCCCCUCAUGGACGGACCGACAGUAUCUCAAGACUGAGCAGGACGCCGUCAUCUUUUCCCCAGAACCUCAAGACCAGCCAAGCUCUUCAAAGCUGAAAGUUGAGGAUCUAGGGGCCUUUUACGGAAGUACACCGCGGCUGUCAGAUCGUCUUCAGGUUGGACUUGACAUCGCGCUAACUAUUCUUGGGCUUGGAACGUCUUGUUGGAUUCCCAGAGGUUGGGAUCGCCGUGAGGUUUUCGUGUUGUACGAUCCCAAAACUUCUACCAAGCCGUUUCUCCGACACGAUUCUCUUUCAUUCACACUCGGAGAGACAAUAGACGACAUUCGCGUCCAUACGGAGGCCAGCCUAUUCUCUCUAGGUGUGGUCCUCUUGGAGCUCAUCUACCAAGAGACGCUGGAGCAGCAGCCGUUUUGGGAUAAAUAUUGUGAGAACGGGCAGCCAAACGACUGGACGCACCAAUGUACCGCCAUGGAAUGGCAAUCAAAAGUCGAGGCACGAUACGGGGAUGACUUAUCUGAAGCAAUUCGACUCUGUGUAGAAGGAGGGUUUUCAGGGGACGCCAACCUGGAUAACUCGGACUUUCUGCGGGAGGUGCUUGAUACUGUGGUAAGUCCACUAGAGAAGUUCUUGUCCGGAUGGAAGAGGAGUUAG